AUAACUACAUCAGCGACUGCAUUCACAGAAGAGACAACUGUAACUACAGCAGCUACUGCGGUCACCGAAGAGCCAACCGUGACUACAGCAGCGACUGCGGUCACAGAAGAGCCAACUGUGACUACAGCAGCGACUGCGGUCACAGAAGAGACAACCAUGACUGCAUCAGCAACUACGGUCACAGAAGAGACAACUAUGACCACAGCAGCGACUGCGGUAACAAAAGAGACAACUAUGACUACAGCUGCAACUGCAGUCACCGAAGGGAAAACUAUGACUACAGCAGCGACUGCAAUGACAGAAGAGCCAACCGUGACUACAGCAGCAUCUGCGGCCACAGAAGAGACAACUAUGACUACAGCAGAGACUGCAGUCACAGAAGAGCCAACCGUGACCACAGCAGCAACUGCUGUCACCAAAGGGAAAACUAUGACUACAGCAGUGACUGCAAUGACAAAAGAGCCAACCGUGACUACAGCAGCAACUGCUGUCACAGAAGAGACAACUGUGACAACAGCAGAGACUGCAGUGACAGAAGAGAAAACUAUGACUACAGCAGCGACUGCGUUCACAGAAGAGACAACCGUAACUACAGCAGCUACUGUGGUCACCGAAGAGCCAACCGUGACUACAGCAGCGACUGCGGUCACAGAAGAGACAACCGUAACUACAGCAGCUACUGUGGUCACCGAAGAGCCAACCGUGACUACAGCAGCGACUGCGGUCACAGAAGAGCCAACCGUAACUACAGCAGCUACUGCGGUCACAGAAGAGACAACUAUGACUACAGCAGCGACUGCGUUCACAGAAGAAACAACUAUGACAACAGCAGUGACUACGGUCACCGAAGUGCCAACUGUGACUACAUCAGCAACUACGGUCUCCGAAGAGUCAACCGUAACUACAGCAGCGACUACGGUCACCGAAGAGCCAACUAUGACUACAGCAGCGACUACGGUCACCGAAGAGUCAACUGUGACUACGGCAGCGACUGCGUUCACAGAAGAGACAACUAUAACUACAUCAGCGACUGCAUUCACAGAAGAGACAACUGUAACUACAGCAGCUACUGCGGUCACCGAAGAGCCAACCGUGACUACAGCAGCGACUGCGGUCACAGAAGAGCCAACUGUGACUACAGCAGCGACUGCGGUCACAGAAGAGACAACCAUGACUGCAUCAGCAACUACGGUCACAGAAGAGACAACUAUGACUGCAUCAACGACUACGGUCACAGAAGAGACAACUAUGACCACAGCAGCGACUGCGGUAACAAAAGAGACAACUAUGACUACAGCUGCAACUGCAGUCACCGAAGGGAAAACUAUGACUACAGCAGUGACUGCAAUGACAGAAGAGCCAACCGUGACUACAGCAGCAUCUGCGGCCACAGAAGAGACAACUAUGACAACAGCAGAGACUGCAGUCACGGAAGAGACAACUAUGACCACAGCAGCGACUGCAGUGACAGAAGAGAAAACUAUGACUACAUCAGCGACUGCUGUCACAGAAGAGACAACUGUGACUUCGGCAGCAACCGCGGUCACAGAAGAGACAACUGUGACUACAAGAACAACUACGGUCAAACAAAAGGCAACCGAGUCUGAAGAUAAGGAUCCUGUUGAGACUGAGGAUAAAGUCAAUUCUUCCUUGCUUGACCUUCUUGAUGCGAUUACACGUGCCUUGUUAGCAGCUUUAAGUGCGAUCGGAGGUGCCUUGACUGCGAUUGGAAAUGCGUUUGUAAGUUUUUUUCCCUGUUUUUUACCUAAAGAAAAGGCACCCGUGUCUACAUCAACGACUACGGUCAAAGAAGAGACAACCGUGACUACAACAGCGAAUGCAGUCACAGAAGAGACAACUAUGACUGCAUCAGCUGCUACGGUCACCGAAGAGCCAACUAUUACAAAGUCAGCGACUACGGUCACAGAAGAGACAACUAUGACAACAUCAUCGACUGCGGUCACAGAAGAGAAAACUAUGACAACAGCAGUGACUACGGUCACCGAAGUGCCAACUGUGACUACAUCAGCAACUACGGUCUCCGAAGAGUCAACCGUAACUACAGCAGCGACUACGGUCACCGAAGAGCCAACUAUGACUACAGCAGCGACUGCGUUCACAGAAGAGACAACUAUAACUACAGCAGCUACUGCGGUCACAGAAGAGACAACCAUGACUGCAUCAGCGACUGCGGUAACAAAAGAGACAACUAUGACUACAGCUGCAACUGCAGUCACCGAAGGGAAAACUAUGACUACAGCAGCGACUGCAAUGACAGAAGAGCCAACCGUGACUACAGCAGCAUCUGCGGCCACAGAAGAGACAACUAUAACUACAUCAGCGACUGCUGUCACAGAAGAGACAACUGUGACUUCGGCAGCUACUGCGGUCACCGAAGAGCCAACCGUGACUACAGCAGCGACUGCGGUCACAGAAGAGCCAACUGUGACUACAGCAGCGACUACGGUCAAAGAAGAGACAACCGUGACUACAACAGCGAAUGCAGUCACAGAAGAGACAACUAUGACUGCAUCAGCUGCUACGGUCACCGAAGAGCCAACCGUGACUACAGCAGCGACUGUGUUCACAGAAGAAACAACUAUAACUACAUCAGCGACUACGGUCACAGUAAAUGAAGACAUGACUACAGCCUCGGCUGCACUCACAGAACUUCAAUUUCAAUUUCAGUAUCAAAUUUAUUUGUAUAACGCUUUUUACAAUACAUAUCGUUUCAAUGCAGUUUUACAGAAAAUGCAUGCAGAAGAGGCAGCAGUGACUAUGGCAGAUACAGCAUAAAUGCAUUUAAAUUGUACUUGUGAAUGUAACCAUAAAACUACACAUCAAAAAUUUUGAAAACUUUGUAGAAUAAAAUGCACCCAAAAGAUUUUUUUCUUUUGCAUUCUUCUUUUAUUAAACUAA